CCGAAAUGAGCUCGGAGACGUGCUUAGGACGUGCUUAGGACGUGCUCUGGACGUGCUGGGACGUGGUCGAGGGAUGUAGUGGCGCGGCGGAGCGGCCGUUGUUGACAGCUGCCCUGCCGCCACCGGCCCACACACUCAGACACCAUGUUCGUCCGCAAGGGUAACACGAUGUUCGGCAAUCCGAACUCACUGCCGGGCCUGGGCUCCAACAACAGCGGCCCGCGGUACCAGCAGCGGCAGCAGGCGCCGGCGCCGCCGCCCGUCUUCAGCCAGCCGGCACCUAUGCCAAUGCCAGACUCCGGUAGCGCCCGUCGGAUAGACGCCCUGGAGCAGCGUCUGAUGGCCGCCGAACAGGCCAACCGGUCUCUGCUCGACGAACUGAUGAGGAUGCAGCAGGAGACCAAGGUCAACGUCAAGAAGAACGAGCACAGUCUAACAGAAGAGCGAGACAACCGGGGUCGAAUGGAGAUGGCUCUGCGCGCCACGCAGGCCAAAAUGGCCGAGAUCGAGGAGCGCCAGGGCCGCACAGAGUCUGCUCUCAAAGAGAGCAGGAACGCCAUUCAGUCGCUGAUGAUGCACACGAAGAAUGUGGAGAGAGCGGUGAUGACGAGCAGUGGAGAAACCAGGGAGCGCCGGGACCAGACCAUGGCCAGGUUACAGGAGCUUCGACACGAGGUGUCCGGUCUGAACCAGAGUAAGGACUCGCUGGACAGGAUGACACACUCGCUAAGGGAAGACGUCAGGGACCUCCACAUGAAGGUUGAGACGCUGCAAGGAGACGUUCAGGCCGUCGACCACACGAUGAAGCUCCAGUCCAGGAUGAUCGAGGAAGGCUCUCGGAAAAACGCGCAGGCGUCAGGAGGUGGAGGCGGAAUGAACAACGCCGUGGCCAUGGCGCUAGAAGCCAAGGUGGUGAAGUUGCAGCAGAACGUGAUGGACGUCAACUCUCGCCUGGUUCACGACUCCAAGAACCGUGACAUGGCUGAACAGCAGCAGACGGAGCGGAUCAACGACGUGUGGGCAGAGCUGGGUGAGGUGAAGCGGAAGAGGGAGGACGACCUGCGGGACCUGGAGCUGAAGACCCGGGAGAUGUCGUCGAUGACAGGAUCGGAGAAGAAGCGCCUUCAGAUGGCCAUCAGCAGUCUGCAGAACGACCUCGAGACCAAACUCAAGGCCAAUGAAGCGGGUGGGCGAGGUGACAAGAUGCAGGGUGAGACUGGCGAGCGGGUGCGGCAGCUGGAGAGGUCGCUGGAUGAGGAGGUGAAGGCACGCACCACGCGAGAGAAGGCCCUCCGAGACGAGGUCGAAAAGAAACUGGACGAGAUCAAGGUCUACAGCGACGAGGGACUCAACGGCAUCAGGAAGAUGACUGAGGCUCAGCAGGACCAAACGCGGCAGAGGUUCAAGGAGCUCAGCGACGGCCUGAACCUGCUGGAGGGCAACUUCAACGAGGACAAGUUGGAGACGGAGCAGAAGCUGCACAAGGAGGCCCAGGAGAGAGAGAACCUCGAGAAGGUGAUGGACGCCAAGGUGGAUGACCUCAGUGACCGUCUGCGGAUCGGCAUGGCGUCCCUGCAGUCCGCUCUUGGAGAGGCCAACAGCCGCGGCGGUACUGGACACGCCGGUCCCGGCCUCUCCAUUGAAGAGAUCGAGCGACUCCAGAACAGUAACAACGAGGGCGUGCGGGAGCAGAUGGCCAAGUCGAUCGCCGAGGUGGACACCAAGAUCGCCGAGCUGCGCACCAGGGUCGAGCAGCAGGACGAAGUCAUCGAGAAUAAACUCAAACAGGCGGAGAGGUCGGAUGACAACGAGAACAACAUGAUGGGUGACAAGCUGACGCAGAAGAUGGACUCUGUCAUGUUCACCCAGGAGCGGCUGAAGAGGCAGGUCGACCAGCUGGAGGACUCGGUGAAGGAAUGUCCACGCGAAAUCGCCGAGGUCAAGGAGCAGCUCCAGGAAACCGAGGAGCGCCUCAACAAGAAGCUGGAUCAGGAGACCCGAGAUCGGACUGAGGACAUCGAGGACGUCAGGAGGGACCUGGGGCGGCUGGCUGGACACGAGGAGACGGCGGGAACCACCAGUCUGGCUCGAGUGCAGCAGGACGUGGACGACACACAGACGUCUGUCACCAAGCUGGCCGAGGCCAUGCAGAUCAUCAAGGUCACGCUCACGGAGAAGGUUAAGGAGGAGAAGAAGAUGCGAGAACAAGAGACGGAGGUGCUGAAGCGAGACGUGGAGCGGCUUGAUGCCAAGACCAGAGACCUCAAAGACCGUAUCAAACAUCCAAAAGAUUACUCGGGCUCAUACUGAGUCAAAUGUCUGAAAAAACAUCUGCACCAACGUUGGCACCUGGAACAGCGCAUCGGCAUGGGAAUCAAGAUCAACGACAACGUCUUCUGGUCUAAAAUGCGCCGAUAAAAGACACCCAGCCAAGACAGUGGAGGAUGACGAGACAUUUAAUAUUGCUGCCCUAUCUUGCGCAUUGUCCCAUAUAGUUUGCCGUUUAGAGCGUGUGUGAACUGUGUAUGUGUGCAGUUAAGGUACCGUUAAGCACUACGUUACAUAUGUAGGCUUGAGCAUUGCCAGGCUGAUUAUUUGAAUAGGAUUGUAUGUCAAGAAUCUUGAGUGGCAACGAUAAUUAAUAUUGUUUUAUAACGAAUUAUUGUCUACCAGGUAGCAACAUAGAUACGAGUACAUGUAUGGUAGCAAGAUGUGACCGUUGUUUAUUUACGGCAUUUGUUAGCAUUGCGAACGACUUUGACUCUCUGAUUGCUAUAUAUACCCCAUAGUCACUGUUUUAAGUUCACCGUCAAUCCUGCCCUAAAGCGCCCAUUCUUCGAGCGACCACUGCUUUGAUUUACUUUUGGACGAUUAAUUUAAAUCGUUUAAGAUCUUAACCAUCCGUGCUAGUGAAGUUAUGAGCUGCGAGGGCGGGUGAAGUGAACGAAUGUGCGAUGCCGAUGCAUACGUCCGUUAUGUGCGAAAGUGUCACCGAGUUCCAGCACUGUACCCCGCACUCUCCUCCCGCCCCCAUACACAUCCCCGUAUUCGCAAAAUAAGGUUCACAUAAAUCGAUCUCAAAAUCACCUAUCGAUAUAUAAAACCCCAAUCCGGCACCCUCAACCCAUCGCGAUUGCCACUGCGUGUACAACUGUACAAUGAACUUUGCGCACCAAGCC